GGCUCUUUCCGGAAGGGACAGUGGGCUGAAUGCGGAAGCGAAGAAAGUUGAAAGACGAUCGCUCACUCUCGUCGUUGUCCGCUCCUACAACGCCACAAAGUGUAAUUAUCCCCCGAGGAAAUGAAUUGGGCGAGCUGAUAGAUAGAGUGAGACAGAGUGAGACGUCCUCCUGAGGCAACAAUCUAAGUGCACAAUCUUGUGUGCUGUUGCGAGAGCAGGACGUGAAGGUUCGAACCCCGCAGCAGCAUGGAGACCAUGGGAGUGGCACCGCCCGUCCACUCGCCACUUUAACGCGGAACAACCAGACCCGGGCUGGCUUUGGGCCGGCGGCGGCCUCCCGUCCCGUCCCCCGGCGAGAGAAUGUGGCUGAACCCGGAGGAAGUGUUGGUGAAAAAUGCGCUGAAGCUGUGGAUCACCGAGAGGAGCAACGCCUUCUUCCUGCUGCAGAGGAGGCGAGGCCGCGGGGAGCACACCGGCAAGAUCAGCGGCCUCCUGGUGGGGGCGCUAGACACAGUGCUGGACUCCAACGCCAGGGUCACGCCCUUCAGGAUCCUUCUGCAGGUUCCUGGCUCGCCAAUAAGUUGGAUCAUAGCAAGCGGAGCCACCAUGGAGGAAGUGAACAAGCACUGGGACUGGCUGGUCCACAACCUGUUGCACUCACUCUCUGUCUUUGACAACAAGGACGACGUCAGCAACUUUGUCAAAGGGAAAGUGAAGGGUCUGAUAGCCGAGGAGGUCAGAGGUCGCCAGGCGGCCCAAGAAGACGACCCCGAGAAGUUCAGAGAAGCUCUCCUCAAGUUUGAGCUUCACUUCCAUCUUCCUUCUUCCGAGAAGUUGGUGACUUUUUAUUCCUGCUCCUGCUGGAAAGGACGAGUUCCUCGCCAAGGUUUCCUCUACCUCAGCAUCAACCACAUGGCCUUCUACUCCUUCCUGCUGGGCAAAGAAGUCAAGUUCGUCAUUCCCUGGGCGGAGGUGACGCGUCUGGAGCGGAUCUCCGGCGGCUUCAUGACAGACGCCAUCAGGGUGAGCACGCGUCGGCGGCAGAGAGACUUCUCCAUGUUCCUGAACCUGGACGAGGCCUACGGCGUGGUGGGCCAGCUGGCAGACAUCGCUCUCAGACGGCUGCUGGACAGCGAAGGUCUGGAGCUGGACCGAGUUCUGCAGCAGCCGGCACGCAUCACCAAGAGGGUUCUGGAGGAGCAGGCCCUGAGGGAGUACGUGUUGGCUCUGUUCCGCCUCCCUCGCAGCGAAAGGCUCCACGAGGUGGCGCCGUGCGCGGCGUGGACGCCUCACGCCCGCUGCCACACGGCGGGCACGCUGUACACCACCGACAACUACCUGUGCUUCAGCAGCCACGAGGAGGGCCAGUGUCUCCUGCUCCUCCCCCUCUACGAGGUGUUGUCGGUGGAGAAGGCGGAGAGCAGCCAGCUGCUACCUGAUCCCAUCAUAGUGAGCGUGCGCUCCAAGAAGGCCUUCCAGCUCAUCCAGCUGCAGGAGAGAGAGCACCUGGUGGAGAGUCUCACCUGUCGACUCAGGUCUCUGCAGCUCAAACAGUCCACCUUCCGCUGGGGCGCACACAACAGGACCGCCUCGAGCUGCUCCUACUACACCUUCUACUACCAUGAGGAUGAGGAUGAGGAGGAGGUGGAGGAGCAGGUUCUCCGCAACACCGUCAACAGCCAGGCCCUCAUCACUGCCUUCCAGCACGCUAGCAACAACAACAACAAGAACACUGAGGCAGCAAAGGAGCGGCUGUGGGAAGAACAUUUCAUGGAGUUCGGCCGUGGCGUCCACAUGUUCCGCACCGAGAAGGUCCAGAGGCUGGUUGCCAUGGGGAUACCCGAGUCUCUGCGGGGCGAGCUGUGGAUGACGCUGUCAGACGCCACCUCCGACUUGGAGGCCCACCAGGGUUACUACGCCAGCCUGGUGCACAAGUCCAUGGGUCAGAGCAGCUUGGCCACCGAGGAGAUCGAGCGAGACCUCCACCGCUCCCUGCCGGACCAUCCCGCCUUCCAGAACCCCACCGGCAUCGCGGCGCUCAGACGCGUUCUCACGGCCUACGCUCACCGCAACCCCAAGAUCGGGUACUGCCAGUCCAUGAACAUCCUGGCCUCGGUGCUGCUGCUCUACGCCAAAGAAGAAGAAGCCUUCUGGCUGCUGGUGACCGUCUGUGAGCGCAUGCUGCCUGACUACUUCAACCGCCGCGUCAUAGGAGCCCAAGUGGAUCAGUCGGUGUUCGAGCAGCUGAUCCGCGAGCGCCUUCCUGAGCUGGCCGAGCACUUCCCCGACCUGUCCACGCUGUCCUCGGUCUCGCUGUCCUGGUUCCUCACCAUCUUCGUCAGCGUCAUGCCAUUCCACAGCGCCGUCUGCGUGGUGGACUGCUUCUUCUUCCACGGCAUCAAGGCCAUCUUCCAGCUGGGCCUGGCCGUGCUGGAGGCCACCUGCGAGCUGCUGUGUGGCAGCGGUGACGACGGACACGCCCUCAUGGUCCUCACCGGUUUUCUGGAGCACGUCGGCCGUGAGGAUUCAUCCUCUCAACCUCCCGCGGACCAAGUCCACGUGACUCGGCUCAUCAACGACGCCCUCCAAAGGUUUGGAGACUUGACCGUAAGGAAGAUCGAGAGACUGCGAUGCCACCACAGGAUUCAAGUCCUGCAGGCCCACGAGGACACCACCAAGGAGAACACGUUACGAUUGGUGGCGUCGGAAGUGUGCAUGUGCGCAGACACGCUGGCGGACAUUUACGAUCUCUUUAAGACGGAACAUUUCAUCAGCCUGUACUGGGGCGACACCAGCAUGGCGGCGGCGGCACAGGCGGCGUCAUGGAGCCGUGGCGUGUCCUACUUGGAGCGCCAGUACCGACUGGACCGCCCGCAGUUCAAGAGUCUGUACGGGCUGCUGGCGCCGUGGACCGGGGAAUCGAACCGUCACGCCGACACGCUGGCCGACCGCACCUUCACGCUGCUGGACCAGGACCAGGACUGUCUGGUCACCUUCAGGGACUUUGCUGCCUGGCUGGACACUUUGUACUGCGGCGAGCUGAACGAGAGGAUCAAGCUGCUCUACCGCCUCCACUUACCUCCAGCCCUGACUGCAAGCGAGGACUUGUCGUCUCUGAUGCCGGGUGUGUCCACCAGCAGACCUUUGUACGUGAAGGUGGCCUCAGGACUUGGCGAUGGACAGAAGGUGAAGGACUACCAGGAGCAGCUGAAGCAGAUGCUGCAGGACUUGGUGGUGGCCAAGGAGAAAGAUGUGGAGAAGCCGCUGCCGCUCAUGAACCAGAAAGAGUUCAUCCAGUUCUGCAAGACUCUGUACAGCAUGUUCCACGGUGACCCGGAGGAGAACGAGCUCUUCCAGGCCAUCGCCACGGUCACCAGUUUGGUCCUGCAGAUCGGUGAGGCAGACCACCGUGGCAGAGCACCAAGGUCGGGAGGCGGAGACUGUCCGGAUAACUGGCCGGACAGCAAGUCCGAGGAGAGCGAAUGGACCGUCAGCUUUGCUCAGAUCUUUGCCUCGCUGCUGACCGAGCAGACGCUGGUUAACUUCCUGGAGAAGCCGGGCGAUCUGGCGGUCCGCAUCGCUGAGGCCAAGCAGAAGCAGUACCAGCAGAGGGCGGGGCUUCUCACGCUGCAGCAACGCCACCGCUGAUUCGUGCGCAAGAACCGCCAAUCAAAGUAUUCACUCAACAUUUUUAGCAGUCAUCUCUUUAAAUGUCCUUUUCUAACCAGUGAUCACCUGCACACACACCUGCACACACACCUGUACACGUUCACUCUUCAUCCCAAGGCAGUAGAAGACAGACCACAAGACUGUGAGCCAAGAAAGUAACUUUAGUAGCAACACUGGAAGUCUAUUUUUAAAUAAAAUAUUUUCUUGCUUGGCAAAAUUG